AUGUCUUCUCGCUUCCCCCCCUCGUCUGGGUUCCACGCCCGCGACCGGUCCCCCCAGCGAUUCGCCGACCGUCGACCCCCCGUUGGCCCGCGAGGCCUGGACGAUGGCAGCCCCGUCUCGCUAGGACGCGAGCCGCCGCGCGCCCCAAAGGCUUUGAUCGAUGCCCCGCGUGGUGGUGGUGGUGGUGGUGGUGGCGGCGGUGGUGGUGGCUUUGGCGGUCGUGGCCGCGGAUACCCUGGUCGCCCCGACUUUCGAGACCGGGACCGGGAUCGUGACAGAGACAGAGACCGAGAGAGAGAUCGUGACCGGGAAAGAGACCGAGAGAGAGACCGCGACCGUGACUUUCGAGACCUGAGAGAUGGCCCCCCCCCCUUCCGAGACUGGCCGCGUCGGGAUCGCGAUUUUGAACCACGAGAGGGCCGUGGGGGCUUUGGCCGUGGCCGCUCGCGCUCGCCACCCCCGCUGCGAGACUUUCGCGACCUUCGGGACGGCGGUGGGCGAGAUAUCGAUCCAAUUCGCCUCCGCCGCAACUCAAGGGAGAGUCUUGUCUCGACCGCCUCCGCCGCCCCGGAGGGUCCUCCGCCGCCUCUAGGCAUCGGCAUCGGCCAUCACCCCCGUGCGGGUCCCAUCCGUGGCCGCGGCGGCCGUGGUGAUUGGGAGGGUGGUCGUGGGCGAGGCCGAGGCUCCUACAUUGAUGAUCGAGAGCCCUUUCGUCGCCGUAGCCGCUCUCGAGACGGCUGGUGGGAUCGCGAGCGAGACCGAGAGCGCGACCGUGUCAUCGACCGUGAUCGCGACUGGCAAGACCGGGACCGCGACCGAGACCGAGAGCGCGACCGUCGAGAUCUGAUGGAUCGUCGGGAUCGCUUCAUGGACCGUCGCGAGGAGCUCGACCGUCGCCCCCCCCCGGAUCGUGACGAUCGGCCCCCAGAGUAUUGGAAGAAAGACCGCCCGCCCAGUCAAGCCGACAGUCGCCUGCCCAGUAACGCCUCCUCCGUUCACGUCUCCCCCGCCGCAGUCACCCCAACCGUGUCAAUUGGCUCUGCGCCAGGAGCAGACCGCCCGGCCGACCAUCCCAGUAUCAUAGACCCGCACCUCAUCCGCAAACCCUCGCUGUCAGGCCCUGUCGGGGGAGAUUCUCGUUGGGACCCCGACCGUCCCGAUCAUCCCUUGGGGCCCCCUCCACGCCCGGAAUAUGUCAAGGAGACUCCGCCGCCGCCGCCGCCGCCGCCGCUGCCCCCGCCGCUGCCAGUCGUGAGACACUCGCCGCCCCCGCCGGCGCCUCAGGUCCCGGCUUUUGGCUCUAUCCCGACCCUGAUCGCCGCUCCUAAUCCCCAAGACCUUGUCGCCAGAAAUGACAAGGAUCGCACUGAUGCUGCAAUGCAGCCGCCCACGGGCCCCAAGGCCGCGACGACACCCGUCCUGGGACGUAGCGAGCUGCCUCCUCCUCCUCCUCCUCCACCACAGACGACAUCGCAAGCGGACCCCCGUCUACGUCGAGAGAGCAAGACCGAGUUGACUCCCCGAAAGCCAUCUAUAAGCACCGCCACCACCAGCACCGCCUCCUCCUCCUCCUCCUCCUCAACAAUGAUGCCGAAAUUGGCAGCGGAAUUGUCACCACCUACUGCGCCUGCAGCAAUGGUAGCUCGGGAUGUGCCGCCUCUGCAUGUCGACGCUGCUCCGCUGACCGUGAAGUCUGGCGUCGGUGCGGUGUCUCCGGGCUAUGGCGGGCCCCGAGGUCCACCAUCAACAGGCCGUGCCCCAUCACCCAUUCCUAUGACAUCGCCACGCACAUCUUUGUCGAGCAUCCCGACGGCUCCUCGCGCAUUCCAAACUCGACAGCCAGCCCGGGGCGCUCCCAAGGCAAGCAAACAGUGGGUGCGUCCGGGAUACACCCGCAACCCGUCCCUAUCCCAUGCGACCCCGUCGGCGAAACGAGAUGUCUCUGAUGCACCGGAGCGCCGCUGGUCAUACAGUGACGAGCCCUUGCGAGAACCGCGGUCUCCCUCCGUUGAUCGCAUGGGCGGUGUGGAGAUGACUAGACCCGUGGACGAAGGCAAGAAGCCGCAGCAACCGCAGCAACAACAACAACAACAACAACAAUCCAUGGAUCACGGUCUUGAACCAGGGGAGAGAGAAGACUCUGUGCCGGCGGUAGCGGACGCAAUGGAAGUGGAUUCCGAACACCGUCCCCCAUCCCCAUCCGCCCCCAAAUCCAUGCGGGGAAAGAAACAAGAGUCUCCGGCUAUCCCGGACUUUGCGUCACCCAGCGAUGAGGAAGAUGAGAACAUUGUCUUCACUCAGGACUAUCUCGAGGAAAGGAGGCAGAUCUUCGAAAAGGAUAUGAACACCCUGCGCACGGAACUGCCACAGCCGCCUCUGGAAGAUUCAAACGUCCUGUCACUCCUAUCGAGAAUUCAGCUCCUUGGUAUUCUUGCCAACGAGGAACCGGUUCCGCAGAAGACCGUCUCGCUCGCCGCCCCCACACCCAGCAAGAUUCCAGCAGCAGAAGAGUGGAAAACCGAGGACGAGCCGAAGUCGGUUCUGGAUUCCGUACCUUCUGCUGCUGCUGACGACAUUUCGGUCGACAGCCUACCCUUCUUGAACCGAGGACCACCCACGCCACUCUCUGAACUGGACCUGUACCAGGAAAACGCGCGGAGUCACGAACAGAUCAAGGAGGUUUUGCGAUCCGAGCUGAUGCGACGCCGCAAGGAAGUCGUCAAGAAGAAUUCCGUCCUGCGGGAGGAGUUCUUGGAGUACUACAAACCCUGGCGGCUGGUGGUGCUGGACCUGGACCGUGAGAAGGAGAAGAAGGCCGGCACCCCCGGUCCGAGCAGUCCCCCGGGCAGCACGGCGACGGCCACCCCGACGCCUGCACCCGCUGCCGAGGGGCGACGAUACAAGGGCAACAGCGAGCUGGACUUCCAGAUGGCUCUCCGGGCCUCGGAAAUCUCGGCACAGGAGGAACUGCAGCGGCGUCGCGACCAGCAGGUGACCGCUCAACCGGAUCUGGGCCGCGAAGCAAUCAUCCCAGACAUGAUGGAACCCCGGGACAUCAAAGCGGGUAUCUACCAAGACGUCAACAACAUCAUCGACCCUGCGGUGGCAAUGGACGUGUUUCAGUUCCUGCCCCCGCCUAACGACUUCAGCCGCGAGGAGCAUGAGACGUUCACCGAAGCCUUCAUGACCUAUCCGAAGAAAUGGGGGAAAAUCGCAGAGGCUCUGCCGGGCCGGACCUUCCAGCAGUGCAUUGUCCAUUACUAUCUGACAAAGGAAGAGAUCAAGUACAAGGCCAAACUCAACAAGCGCUGGAGUCGCCGCGGCCGAGCCAAGAAGUCGGCACGCCCCAAGUCCAACGCCCUCAUGAAGGAUCUCGGCGUCGUCAAGCCCGACUAUGAAGGCGAGGAGGAACCUGCCCCCGUCACCGACACGGGUCGUCCCCGACGAGCAGCUGCCCCGACCUUUGGCGACUCAUCCGCUGAUACCGAUCAUCCACCAAACGGCCGCCGCGGCAAUGCCAACAAAGACGCUGGUGACCAGGCUGAGAAGCCGGCGACUAGACGAACCCGUGGAGGUGCAGGCCCUCGUGGUGGGCGUCGAGGCAAAACUGCACAGCAGCAACAACAACAACAGCAGCAGCAACAGCAACCACAGCCACCACAACAACCACAACCACAAUCACCAGCAGCAACACACCAACAGCAGCAGCAGCAGCAGCAGCAACAACAACAACAACAACAACAACAACAACAACAACAACAGACUCAACCAACUUCGUCACUUGCCAUCUCGCAGGUACCACCUACGUCCGGGCAGCAAGCACCGGUCUCUGAUGUGACUACGGGUGGUCUGCUCGUCCCCAAAACUGAAGGGGACAUGUCGGCAAUGGAUGGAGGUGUGGAGGCGACGACCAUGGUCCGCGCUGGUGAAUAUCUCGACCGUGACAGCAACGGGUCGCUCCCCUCGCGAAGCAAGACCACUCGAGGCCGAGGUCGAGAAGGAGUCUACAUUUUUGAAUCUACCGAGUCGGAACCCCCCGCGGCUGCUGCCCGGGGUGCCGUGGAGAGUGGCUAUGGAUCGCAGCAACCGACAAGCUACUGGUCUGUUCCUGAACAACGCGAUUUCCCGCUGUUGCUGGCGCAUUUUGGCAAGGACUUUGAGGGCAUCUCGGCUUUCAUGAAGACCAAGACGACUGUUAUGGUCAAAAACUACUUCCAGCGACGCACGGAUUCUGGCCAGAAAGAUUUCGAAGAUAUCAUCGCCAUCGCCGAGGCCAAAAAGGCUCGUGGAGAGCCCACCGGUCCUCUGCCUAUCCCCAGCGUGGCCCCCAAGCGACGGUACGAAGCAACCCCCUCGACCGUCGUGCCCCGGCCCUUGGCUCCGCACACGGAUGCCGUUGUGGAUAGCGAAGAAGCCCGCUUGGCGAGCAAGGGCCGACUUUUGGCCAUGUCUCCCCAGCCUGGAGUCGCCCUGCACGGUCGUCCGGCUGGUGACAAGGAUCGUCCCGUCGUCAUGUCACGGUAUCCGCCGCUGGCGCAGGCGGCGGCGGCGGCGGCGGCGGCCAGUGCUUCCUCUCCAGCCUCGUCCUUGAUGGCAGAGGAUCUCAACCGUGCCAUUCGACCGCAUCCCGCCGCGGGGAGUGCCGGCGCUGGGCUUGCGCAGCGUAUGCCACAGGGUCCGCGUCUGGGAUAUUUCACCGAGGAUCGUCGCGACCAGCAGCCUAUGGCACUUCUGCCGCACGGGCCUGGGCCGGCCUCAAGAUCGCAGCAGGAGAUGUCGAUCCACGCGCAGAACCUGCGCUCCUUCAAUCUCAACGCAGAGCUGCGCGGGCCCCCGCUCCCUCCACCACCCGGGCAGGGCGGCAUACCUCCGUCCCAGCAGGCUUAUCUGCAGUCGCAGCAACCCCCGUCGCUGAUGCCCUCGUCUUCAUCCCAUUCCCGCCAUCCCAGUCUCACCGGCAAGGUGCCUGGGUCGCCCGCACAACCCCUCCUCCAACCCGCGGACCCGGACCGCUCCCCGAUCCGACGCGAUUCAUAUGGCCAGAGGCAGUUCUUCCCGCCGCCCACCGCACAGCAGCACGGCAUAGCGCAGCCGCCACCACCGCCCCCGGUCCUCUCCCCUCCGAAGGAUGUGCUGCGACCUGGCUCAACGGCCAGUCCGGCCGCGGCCGACGUCACUUUACCGCCCCCGCGGCAGGUGCCCGCCAAACGGUCGAACAUCAUGAGCAUCUUGAACGAUGAACCCGAAGAACCGCAACCGCGGAAACGGUUUGCCGCCGAUCAGGGAUUAGCAACUGGUGGCGGCCCGUCCCGAGCACCGUCGCCUGGUCGUGCUCCGUACGCGUCUCACAAGGAUGAGUCCGCGAUGGCAGUCCGAUCAGCGGCGGGCCACUUUGGGCAGCCAAGUCCGUACCUCUCACAAGGUCCGCCACACCCUGCCGAACCCUCGCGGGCUUACUCGGAUUACCAAGGCUAUCCAUCUGCUGGAGGAUCGACGGGUGCGCCGGCAAGUGCUGACUGGAUUGGUCGGUUCGAUCCGCGUGGCCAGCAGGCCCAACAGCAGGCCCAGCAGCAGCAGCAGCAACAGCAGCAACAGCAGCCACAACCCCAGCAGCCACCGUCUGCCCAACCGCCCCCAUCCACCCAGCAGCAGACAGCGUAUGCAUCAAGCGCUCGAGGUGCAGCAAACGCGGCAUCGCAACCACUCUACCCGUCCUACCACCACUCGGCGCAGCCUCAAGGACCGUCUGCCCCGUCACCCGCUCCCACGCCUCCACCGUCCCAGCGCCUCUCCGCGUAUCAUAGUGGGUAUCCCUCGGCUUCCUCGGCUGGGACGGCCGGGUCGAUCACCUCCCGCGAGCUUGCCCAGCCCUCUUCGGGAUACCGCGCUGCGGUUCCCUCUCCGCCCCCUCGCAACACCAGUCUGGCGUAUGGAUCGCGGGCGCGCCCUGCAUCCCCGGCCCAAUCCGCCGCGUCUGCGAGCUUGUUGAACCUUGCAUCGCGCCCUCCUCCUCCUCCUCCUCCUCCUCCGCCGCCGUCGGGAUCAGGAUACAGCUCAGGUCCGCACCAGACGUACCAGCAGCACGUGCAGACCAUGGUGACAGGCUCACACCAGUCUUCAGCUGCUUCGCAGGCUCAUCGUUCAUCACUCAGUAUCGGCGGGCACGGGGCCCUCUCCUACGGACACUCCACACCCCCGACCCCCGUGCAGGGUGCGCCCCCGGGGCCCGGCCAAGGUCCCAUCGGCGCACGAUCAUACACCCCGCCCGCAAUGAUGCAUCCACACGCUGCGUCGGCGUCGAACCCGGGCGUGAACGGGCUGGUGUACGGCGGUGGAGGCGGGCAUCCACUCCAUGCACGACCUGGGCCGGGCGAUGGAGCGUCGUCUGUGUCGUCGCAUGGCGGGAGUCAUCAUCGCGUGUACAGCCAGGGGUCGAAUACAGGGUCGCUUCCGUCGCAGUUGGGACCGAGAUAA